AAUUGAAAAAAUCACACAGGCAUGGCUCACAACGUUUUCAAAGAAAAUAUAUGUGACACACUGGAUGAAAAAAUUCUCCUAUCUCCACGAUCUGCUAUCAAGGCUCCUGAUGUGACUUGGCCAGAAUUUAUAUAUCAGUUACUAGAAAAAAAUGGCGACAAAAUAUUUGUGGUGGCGCAUGAUAAUUCUUCCUCUUACACCUACAAGGAAGUUGCUUUUUACAGUCGUCGAUUUGCAAGUGCCCUCAUACGGCAAGGAUUGGAACCUGGAGAUGUAUUUUGCAUUUGUACAUCUCACAACAUUGAUUUCCCAAUAGUAUUUCUGGGAGCAGUUAGUGCAGGAGCAGUUAUUGUUCUAGGAAAACCUUAUGAAACAGAAAGUAAGUUACUUGAUGGCCAAGAAGGUGAGGUAAGAAACAGAAGUUCUGGAGCUUCUCUUCCCAAGAGUAUCGGCGAUGCUCUGAACACCAGCAACUUCCUGGACACUGGAGAGCAAAAUGGAAAAAGAAUGAGAAGAAUAUUUCCAAUUGCCCUUUUGAAUCUUGUCCCUGAUGGCUUUGGAACUUGUGGUAGAAGAGAUGUUGAUGGGGAACUUAAUCCAAGAUUCCUUGUGGCUCUGAUGUCUAACUGGCCAAAGCAUGGUCAUAGGCCACCUGGAAAGCAAUGCAGUUGUAAAGAGUGA